AUGAUGAAUACCGAAAACCGAGAGGUGUUGCAGACCAUCACAUCAUGCAAUAACGUAGUUUCGAGAAAAAGGGAAAAGAACAGCGAUAUGAGCAGUCUCAGCAGAGAAGAACGACGUCGUCGUAGACGAGCAACUCAGAAAUAUCGCACUGCUCACGCCACCAGAGAGAGAAUACGGGUGGAAGCUUUCAAUGUGGCUUUCGCAGAACUCAGGAAACUGCUACCUACCUUGCCUCCAGAUAAAAAAUUGUCUAAAAUAGAGAUUCUGCGGCUGGCUAUUUGUUACAUCGCAUAUCUGAACCAUGUUCUAGAUGCCUAA